UAUAGCACUAUGCUUAUUAAUAUUUUGCUAAUUACAUAGUAUUACAAUAAUUCAACAUCAGUUUCAAAUAUAUUCAUUGUGAUUUGAGAGAUUGAGGCAAACAGAAAAAAUGUGAAGCAACACGACGUCAAAUGAAAAAGAAUGUAAUUCGUUAGCUUAGCGGUUUUCAUCAAUGUUAUCUUUUUAUUAUCUGUGGACUUUGUUACUCUGCCUAUUAGGCCUUUGUUUUGUCUAAGCUAUUCUGUAAUUCCUUCAGGUUGAAGCUUUAUUUCGAAAGUAAUAGGAGAAAUGGAACUCACAUUUAUGUACUUAGACGCUAAGAUUAGGCUUAGCAAGAGAAGUCUUGCUUACAUGUUAAUUAUAUUUUAUUUUCUUCAUUUAGUAAAAGAGGUGAACGGUGGUGUUUAUUAUUGUGACGAACAGAUUCGCAGCCAUGACGCAGAAUUACAAAGUCCUAACUUUCCCUGGAGUUAUCUCUCUAAUCUACGAUGUCGAUAUACAGUUUAUAGAGCAAGUCCGGAAGUUUGCAAGCUAGAAAUUCAUAUACUCUACUUUCGACUAGAAAAAAGUUCCAACUGCUUCAAUGACCACCUGAUCCUAGAAGGCAAAAUAUACUGUGGAGAGAUGCUACGUCCAAAUCAAGUUAUAACCUUUGACUUUCCUGGAUGGAAGAAGGAGUUCAAAAUGUAUUUUCGGACCAAUAACAAAGUGAACAACAUAGGUUUCCGGUUGCGUAUACAACAACAGAUAUACUGUACCAGUUUUCAUGACCGACUACAGGCUGAUCAAGAGUCGGAAUCAUGUGAUAUACGAAUACUAAGUCCUGUGUCACACCUGAGGAGCCCCGGGUAUCCAUGGGCCUAUCCUCCAAACUUGCGGUGUCGUUACACUGUCGAGAAGUUUGUACCCAGCGUUUGUCAGGCAAGUAGAGGUGAGAAUUUUAGACUUUCAUGUUCGACACAGUACGAACUGCACCAGUGAUUACUUGUGUACUUGUAAAGAUGGCGUUCGUUUAUG